AUGCUUCCUAGAACGAUAUUCAACAAUUUAAGGCCCGCAACUAGAUCUUUUGCUCUCGGAUGUUAUCGGGGGACCGGUUUGAUAAUAUCUCGCUACUUGAGCACUAACUUGAAUACUCAUCAGACACUGAGUACAUCUGGAUCAACUACAAAACUUGCAAAAAGUCAACAGCAGUCAAUAGAAGCUAUUGGAAUUACAGAUCUUACUCCACUUAAGUAUGAAGGAAACAUAUAUGCUACUAUCAAUAUUCACAACAGACCUUAUCUAAUUACAGAAGGAGACGAGAUCAUUCUACCUUUCAGAAUGAAACAUGCAGACAUAGGAGAUGUCCUUGAGUUCACUGAUAUCACCACUUUGGGUUCCAGAAACUAUACAUAUCAUAUGAAAAAGGGGGUGGACCCUUCUUUUGCGUCCAUCAAAGGUGUCAUUUUAGAGAAGACCAAAAGCCCAAUGUACAUCAAAGAAGUUACCAAGAGAAGAAACAGACACGUCAGACAUGUUGAGGUUAAGCAUGAUCUUACUAAGAUUAGAAUUACCCAGUUAAAAUUGACCCUAUGA